AUGGCUGGAGAAAGAGGAAGAGGACCUAACCCUGAAGAACAUGCGCCACGAAUUAUACCAGAACGUAGUGUGGAAAAAAGGUUUCGCAAGCAUAAUCCACCAACUUUUGAUGGCCUCGGUGAUCCUCUGUAUGCCGAGAGAUGGGUAAGAGCUACUGAAAUGAUACUUAACCACGUUGGCUGUGGGGAUAGGGAGAAACUCACAUGCACAAUUUUCCAACUCGUUGAUGAGGCUGAAUUCUGGUGGGAAUCUGUGCGACGAACCUUGACCCUCGAGCAAUGGGAGGUGUACACGUGGAAUGAUUUUAAAGAAAGAUUGUAUGAAAAGUAUAUCCGUAGAUGCUAUAGGAAGAAGAAACAGGAUGAGUUUUGGAAUUUACGACAAGGAAAUAUGACGGUCACUGAGUAUGACCGAAUGUUUAACCAGCUUUCGCGAUAUGCUCCACAUCUAGUUGACACAGAUGAGAAAUGUGCAGAAAAGUUUCGACAAGGGCCCUAA